GCACUUGCUUCUCUGGGUGUCUGGUUUUAUUUGGUUUGGACACUGGUUGGACUGUUGAACAUGAAUCAAAUGAAAGCUGAAGGGAACGACGAACCAGUCACCAGUCAAAUCCGUCUCAAUCUUCGAGAGAGAACUUCUGCUCGACACUUCUGCGCCCGCAAAAUCCCCUUCGUCUUCAUGCUAUGGCUGCUAUCUAGGGCUGACGACGUGGUAUCCGGCAGACGCUGAUCGAUUCCAUUAGGGCAUAAGAUGCGAAAUGAGACAGCUUUGUUUGUAAGGAAAGGCAAAAGACGAAUAGCAAAUGGCAAAAACACAAAGCCGCCAAGAAGAGGGCCCGUCGAAAACGUGUCGAAAAAGAGUAGCAAAACCGGAAGAAAACGCCAAAAAAGCCAACAGGACUUAACAUCGGCCAAACCCCGGAGCAGCCGACCCUCGGGAUGCAAACUGGAAAGUGGUCUGUCAUCUCGGGGUCAUUGUGGACUUGGUCCUCUCGACGUCGUGGAUAGGGCCGAGUCGACCGACACGGGGCGGAGGAGGAGAGAGCGGACUGUCCCGCCACGAGGUCGCAAGAGCUUUUUCUUCGUUUGUUUCCCCCUUGCCCCGGUUCCGACCUCCCGGGGGAGGUAUGUAGAUGGAUGCUGUUGUGGAUUCUGGGAUGAUUUUGGUUGGUGACUCUCGUGGUUGUCUCGCGAAAUGAAUCCCGAAGAUACGACGGUCACGUGCGAGUAGAUGGCUACCAAGAUGGGAUAGCUAUCCGCAACCACCAGUGCACUGAUAUGAAUUAGACUGAGCUUUCUCUGAGGUCAAGUUGAUGACAUUCUUCGUGGUAAUAAGUUCUGGUUAACAUUGUUUAUCGCGGUACUCCAGAGUAAUUUUGCUGAAUCAUACAUACAGCAGAAGCUCUUUUAGCUGUGGGCGUGCCUCUGCUUUGCAAAGUCAAGCAACGUUUGAGCGUCCCUAUCUAUAUUACCUUGUGAUGCAUGUGAGCCAAAUAGUUCACAGACUUUCAAGGUUUCUAAAAGACCUUCAAGACUUCCAAUAGACCUUCAAAGUCUCUAAAGCUGGCAGCAUCUCAUGAU